AUGGCGUCCUUCAAGUUACCUCUAGCCGGCAAGACAGCUCUUGUCACCGGUGGCAUUAGGGGAAUUGGCCGAGGCAUUUCUCUAGAGCUCGCCCGUCGAGGUGCCAAUGUUGCUAUGGUCUAUGCCAACCCCAGCCGUCAAGAUACAGCAGUGGAAGUUGUCAAAGAGAUCCAAUCGCUUGAUUCUGGCGCAAAGGCUAUGAGCAUUCAGGCGGACUUGAAGAAGUUUGACAAUUACCAAAAGAUUGUCGACGAGACGCUGCAGGAGUUCCAUGUCAAGAACAUAGAUAUCGUUGUUCACAAUGCGGCCUUUGCUUCACCUGUGCCGACUGAGGAUACAACGGAACAGGUUUUCGACGAUACCAUGGCUACCAACGUUCGAGCUCCCUUCUUUCUCACCCAGACGUUGCUCCCAUACAUCCCUCAGGGAGGACGCGUGAUCCUUAUUUCAUCCAUUGCGGCUAGGCGGUUCUCGUUUGGAUUGCAUCAAACGGCUUAUGCCAUUAGCAAGGCAGCUGUCGAGGGGCUCGCUAGGAACUGGGCUGUUGAGUUUGGACAAUCGCGUGGCAUCACUGUAAACGCUUUAUCUGUUGGAUUUGUCGAGACGGAAUUGGUGCAGAGUCUCUCUCCUGAGCAUCUUGAAGCAUACCGCAAAGAAAAUGCCCGAGUUACGGCAGCAGCCCCAAGGAGUGGAACGCCAGAUGACAUUGCUCAGAUUGCAGCCUUUAUUGCCGGCGAAGAGUCUCGCUGGAUUACGGGCAGCACGAUUUCGGCCAAUGGCGGUAAAUGGCCGAUUUAA